AUGCGUUUGCGUAUCGCGGACGUCGAAGAGUAUACAGUAUUUAGAGGAGCCAAAUCUUUCCUUGUUGAAUUUUUCAAUUUCCGCGACGAUCGGACGGUUUUCAACGCGGACCGAUUCAUGGUCGCUGAGUUUACCGUCAUAUAA